UCUGAGGCGGUGACGUCAGAGGCGGUGUCCUGCCGGGGAGCUUUUAGGAGGCUCCGGUUCCCGGUGGGUCGGUGACAGUCCGUGUCUGUCUGCGGAUCGGUAUCAUGAGGAGCGCGAGGACACUGCGGCAGCUCGUGCUGACUGUCUCCAAACGGAGUCUUCAUCAUCAUCAUCAUCAUCACCACCACCAUGAGCGGUCCGUGGGGAUCAUCGGAGCUCCUUUCUCCAAGGGACAGCGCAGAGGAGGCGUGGAGAGAGGACCGGACCUGAUCCGAGCUGCAGGACUGCGGGACAAACUGCAGGCUCAAGGCUGUGCAGUGAAGGAUUAUGGGAACCUCACGUUUGAGGAGGUGGCCUCCGACGAGCCGGUGGGGCGGGUGAAGCGCCCGCGGGCGGUGGGCAGCGCCAACCAGAGGCUGUCAGAGGCGGUGCAGGCUGUGAAGAAGGACGGACACACAUCAGUGAUGCUGGGAGGAGACCACAGCCUGGCGAUCGGCUCCAUCCAUGGUCACUCGGCGGCGGUCGGGGAACUGAGCAUCGUUUGGGUCGACGCCCACGCCGACAUCAACACGCCGCUGACGUCUCCCACCGGGAACAUCCACGGGCAGCCCAUGUCCUACCUGCUCCACGAGCUGCACUCCAAGAUUCCCGUCCUGCCAAACUUCUCGUGGAUCAAACCGUGCGUGUCGGCCAGAGAUCUGGUCUACAUCGGUUUGAGAGACGUGGACCCGGAGGAGCAUUACAUCCUGAAGCUUCUGGGUGUGAAGGCGUUUUCUAUGUCAGAGGUGGAUCGGCUCGGCGUGGCCCGGGUCAUGGAGGAGACAUGUGACUACCUCUCUGCCAAAGUGAAGAAGCCAAUUCACCUGAGCUACGACAUCGAUGCCAUUGACCCCUCUGUUACCCCGGCAACUGGGACACCUGUGGUCGGAGGGCUCACCUACAGAGAGGGGAUGUACAUCACUGAACACCUCUGUCAGACAGGUCUUCUGUCGGCGGUGGACCUGGUGGAGGUGAAUCCUCUGAGGGCUCAGACCGAGGAGGAAGUCCAGUCCACGGUGAGGACGGCGGUCGACCUGCUGCUCGGAUGUUUCGGACGCCUGCGUGAGGGAAACCACCCAGCUGAUUACUGCAUGCCUGAGCCGUGACGGGCCUGACGCCGGGACGGACCAUCAGAUUUUAAUUUUAAGAACUUUAAGAACAUGAUUAUGAUCACCAGUUUAAAUGAUUGCAGCUUUGUUUCUGAGAAAUCACGUUUUGAUUAAUAUAAAUACGACUGAUCUGAACCUCAGCUCAGUAACAACCAAAGAAACAAAAAAGAUCAACGUCUGCUGCUCAGGACGCAAAAACAGCAGAAAUGAGUUUUAACACUUCACUCCUCACUGACUUCAUAUCUGGGUCCCAGCCAGCAAGUCCAUGUGGGCCCCUAAAUGUGGGCUAUGUGGGUACUGAGUGGGCUUGAACUGGGGUCUCACAUGAGCUGACUGUAUGAGUAAGUGGGCUGAGCAGGCACGGACAUAAACAGGGCAAACUGUUUGGGCCCCAUAUUGUUUCAGUAACAUUGGUCCCACAAGUGAAGCCUAUGUGGGCUAAAUGGACCCAUUUAAAGGUCCAUUCUGGUCCCACUGAGACCCCACAUGGGUAAACAUAUGGAGCCUACAUGGGUCUCACCU